AUGUCCCACUCUAGUACGCUAACCUUGCUCCAUUUCGGCGCAGGUAACCAUGCCGAAGAUCCCGAGAAAUUCAAGCGAUUGUUCAAAAAGGCCCUGAAGUCGAGAGCUGUGCAGCCUGAGGGAACGGACCGCGGUGUCUCGCAGAUUCGCCAGCUGAUGGCGGUUUCUUCAGUUAUAGAGGACAGUUCGCUGACCAACACAGGCAUGACGUCCUCAGUUGCUCGGGAUGGAACGAUCCAGUCCGAUUCAACACGGCCCAUUGCCGAAUGUGCAUAUCAGUAUUUUGCCCAGCAGAAAAAAAACGACCUUGGGCUCACGCCCCCGGUGGCCCUCGUGGGGGUGACCGACCAUAAUAUCGAAAUUAGCGACCGCAUGAGCCAACUCUACGAAAGGUACAGAAACGACCUACACCGAAUAGACUCGAUGGAGAAAAAAAUAGCGUCCUCCAUAAUUACAGACACCAUCGGCGUUUCGGUGAUCGACAAGCACACAGCGUCCACGGGGGUCUCCUCGGGCGGCAGUCUGUUCAAAAAACCCGGGCGAAUUGGAUGCUCGGGCGUAGUCGGGGCUGGCUGCUACACCGCACAAAAAGAUGGGGCCCUGGUUAAUGUUCUAUGCUCAGGAAACGGCGAAGACAUUAUCCAGAUGGACCUUGCGCGGUCUGUAUGCCGCCAUGUUCUUGCUAAUUGCCACCACGGGCGCCUGGUGUGCGAUCUCGCGGCAGAGGCGGUUUACAACGCGGCGCAGGAAGUGGAUCUGCGUGCGCUGGACGACAAUUUCAAUCCGAGGCUGUACGUCGGAGUCGUUGGCUAUUUUGAGUCGCCGGACCAGUUCCGCACGGUUUUCUAUUUCCACACCACUGAGACAUUCGUGUUCGGCUACGCCACAGGCCUCUCUAAUGAGUUUUGCUUCAGCAGACGGCCGAAGUUACAGGCUGCCACCAAAGGUCAGAUGUACGUUAAAUAAUAAAAAUAGAUCCGUGGCUGGUGAUAGUUGGGGCGGAACUUUUGC